UUAGUCCUUGAGUACAAUGUUCGAAGAACGCUGCAUAAUAUGCUCACUUAAGUACUGACUGUUACGCUGCGCGAGUACCUAUAGUUACACAGAUAUUUCAUGAAUUAGUUUGUUUCGACGACCGGUUGAAUCGACGACAGUUUCAAAUAUAAAGUUCGUUUUAAUUUUUAAAUGUUUUUGUUUUGUAUCAACAACUUUUAUUGUGCGCUGAUGACUACGUAAUAACCAAUAACUAAGUUUAUUGACUCUCAAUGGUUACAAAUUACAUAUUGUUAAUGAUAUAAUUUUAUUCUACGACUUCCAUACAACAUUGAUGCAUCGAUUUGGGAUUCAUAAAGUCCAACCAUAUUAAUACAUUGAUUUAUUACGCAUUUCAAUAUACUAUAUUAUAGUAUUUAAUUACUAAACGUAUAUCUAUAAAUUUAUAAAAAUAUAAUUAUUAAGUCUAAUCAUGGAAAUGGCGACAAACACAGAUAAUAAAACAAAUGUAGACGAAAGCAAUCAAGGCUGUACCACCAUCUCUUUCGAGACCCACGAAACUCAUCCGAAAACGUGCAAAGAAGGAUUCGACAACAAAAGAAAUUGGCUUUUUCCACGAUUGCUGAUAAGUAACAACAAACAAUUUGCACUAAAAUGUCUGUGCCAUGGAAUGGUCUUGGCUUAUAUAUUAGCUGCCAUCAACCAUUGGUAUUUAAGCGACGUAAAAGACGUCGGCUGGAAAAACGGAUUAGGUCUACUGAUCAUCGUGACCACGUGUUAUUACGGUAUACAGCCCGUCAGAUUCCUGUUCACGUUGAUACCUACUGUGAAGGUGUUACCUCACGCACACUUCAAAAUCGGAGUGCUGUGUACUUUCUUAGGAUCAUUCGUUUUAUUCAUUUUCUUCGACACAAAAAAUAAUCGACAUAGGCUAGUGCCAUUGGCUGGACUUAGCGUAUUUAUUCUCCUUGGAUUCAUAUUUUCCAAACACCGUAGACAUGUGAAUUGGAUCACAGUUGCGUCCGGAUUAGCCACUCAGAUAACUAUAGGAAUGUUGACAAUCAGAUGGCAAGUCGGCCGAUCUAUAGUCCAGGCAGUUGGAGAAUUGGCCGAUAAGUUUUUCUCCUUUGCGUACGUUGGUGCUAAGGUGACGUACGGAAAUGAACUAAUCGACAAUUAUGGUGUAUUCGCAUUUAAGGUGCUUUCAGUGUUAUUUUUUAUGUGUUUUAUAAUUGAAAUACUAUUUUACUAUGGAAUCAUACAGACGGUAGUUAUAAAAUUAGGAUGGUGCUUGCAAAAAUUACUAGGAACGACAGCAGCCGAAUCAGUUAAUACCUGUGCUAGCGUGUUUUUAGGCAUGUCAGAGGCGCCUAUUAUCAUCAAACCAUAUUUACCUGAUUUAACAGAAUCUGAAAUCCAUACCGUUAUGAUGGGAGGAUUUUCAACAGUAGCUGGCACUGUAUUUGCGGCAUAUACAUCAUUCGGUAUAGAUCCGGCUUACUUAAUUACAGCAUCAGUAAUGUCAGCUCCAACUGCGUUGAGUUUCUCUAAACUGAUUUUCCCAGAAACUGAAAAAUCAUUAAAUAGUAUAGAUCAAAUAUGUACUAAAAAGACUAACGACGAGGGUAACGUGAUGGACGCGGCUUGUAAAGGAGCCCAGUUUGGAUUGAAAAUAAUCGGAGCGAUUGUCGCCAACAUAGUGGCGUUCGUGUCGUUUGUUGCGUUCAUCAACGCAAUAAUAACGUGGUUGGGACAUUUGGUCGGAUUCGAAGAUCUAUCAUUCGAGUAUGUAUUGGGCAAGAUAUUGAUACCUGUCACGUGGCUGUUGGGCGUUGAUCCUAGCGAAUGUGAAGCUGUCGGCAAAUUGAUCGGCUUGAAAAUGACAAUUAACGAAUUUGUGGCGUACAAACAAAUGGGCGAUCUAAUUAAAGAAGGCAAGCUUAACCGCAAGUCGGAAAUCGUCGCCACUUUUGCUUUAUGCAGUUUCGCCAAUCCAGGAUCAAUUGGAUCGAUGAUUGCCACAUUGACGACUUUGUGCCCUACACAGCGAUCAUCGAUAACCAAAAAUGUAUUUAGGGCAUUUCUCGGUGGUACGGUCACUUGCUUUUUAACGGCCGCUAUUGCUAGUUUAUUAAUGCCCGACGAAGGAUUACAAAACUAAAAGCAAUAAAUUAUCUUUGUAAUUUUUGUAUAUGUAAUUUUUUAUAUAUAUAUAUAAAUGUAUGUGAUGUAUUAUUGCUAUCUACAUAAUAGCAAACUUACACAUACCCAUUUAUUGGUAUAAAUUAUACCAAUUAUAUUUUUAUAAGUAAUAUAAUAUAUUUUAUUAUUGUUUUGAACAUUCAUCGACGAAAUUCUCAUUUUCUUUUGUUAAUCAUGACUAUAUUUUUAUAUUGUUAAAUAUAGGUACAAGAUUAUACUUAAUUGAUAAUAUUAUGUAAAUAUUUAUAAACACAAUGUGAAUAAUAUUUUUUUAAUCAAAAACCAAAAUCGAUAGUAUAAGAUAACUAAAUAUUAUAAUAUGAAAACAAGUUUCACUCAUGUGUACUAUAUAUUAUAUUAUAUUUAAAAAAUUGUUCUAUUACGAAAUAUGUAUAAAGUUUAGGUACCUAAUGUAAAUAUGAUAAAAUAAAUAUACAUUGUUACAUCGCAAUAAUUACGAAGUGACUAUACUAUAUUAAAGUUACGAGUUUUCAGACGUUCAUAAAUAAACAUUAUAAACUAUCUAAAAAAAACAUUAUUUACUAUGGCGGCGUUGUAGUAGGUCUACAACCCCUAACGGCCUAUAAUUAUAGUAUCUAAUAUAGUAACUAGUAGAAAAAAAACUAAUACACAUAUUAUUUUGUAAAUGAUUACUAAUUAAAUCCACGUAUUAGUCCACUGUGGCAACAUCUAACCUCAUAUUCAUUUUGUUUUAUUUUUUUUAUAAUUUUAUAUAUUGUUAUUAUAUGUAAUUAUAAAUUAAAUAAAUAUUUUACUGGACUUAUUUAAUUACACAAUAUUUUAGAAAUCA